AAGAAAUUCAAGAUUCAAACCGAUAGCAAAACCUCCUCUGUUUUGAUAACCUGCGCCGAUGGAGAACUACUCCUACACCUCCUAUGCGGAGUCCGGCGAGUCGUCUCCCAGGUCUCGUGACGUGGACUUUGAGAAUCCUCAGCCGUGGGAGGAUCAGUCGGGUUCGACGAAUAGCAGUGGGAACAACUAUAAGGUGAAGGUUAUGUGCAGUUAUGGAGGUAAGAUCCACCCUAGGCCUCAUGAUAACCAGCUCUCUUAUGUCGGUGGGGAGACUAAGAUCCUAGCUGUUGAUCGUUUUGUGAAGUUUGCUGCUGUCAACGCGAAAUUAACGGCGUUAUGUGACGGAGAAGUUUGUUUUAAGUACCAGUUGCCGGGUGAAGAUCUAGACGCCUUGAUUUCCGUCACGAAUGAUGAUGAUCUGGAACACAUGAUGCACGAGUACGAUCGGUUGAAUAGAGCUUCGCCUAGUCCAGCGAGGUUGAGGCUGUUUCUCUUUCCUCUUAGUGGUCAAAGUCCGGCAUUGACUCCCGUUCACAGUUUUGGUUCGACUGAGGGGAGAUCGGAGCGGGAACGGUUUAUGGAUGCUUUGAAUUCUGGUCAUGUGCAGCCUAACACGCCACCGUCAGCACCGCCGCCGCAUGGGAACGUGGAACGCUUUUUCGGUUCGGACAAAGGAAUGCCGAUGCAGCCAUCUGGAGUGGCGUCAAAAACUCGAGAUCAACAUAUCGCAGAUCCGCAUAUUCAUCCACAUGAGCCCGAAAUUGCUGUUCUAGAUGAGCGUGGAAUCGAAGCCGAUCGGAUCCAGAAACACAUCCAGGACCUACAGAGGUUGCGAAUUGGAGAAGAGCAACAACCGGCUCUCUACAGGAAACCAAGUGAUGAUAAUCUCGGUGCUGGUUACACAGGAGACUACUAUGUCCCGAAAAUGACCGAAAAAGUAGCUCCGACAACAUUGCCGGGAACUGUACCCGCUCCUGCUGCCGGAUACCAAAUUUCCGGCGGAUUUACAACAUCAACAAUAUCAUCGGAUCAACAACCCGUUUACAUGAUUCCAGCUCACGCGAGUAUGUAUCACGCGCCCAUGGCAAGACCAGCUACCGCUCCUGUCAAUCACGGCCAGGGAUACUACGUCCAGAGGAUGCCAACCGAGGUUUACCGAGAUCAGCCAGUUUAUAACGUUAUGCCACCAGCACAACCAGUGGUGACUCAGCAAACCACACUGUCGUCACAGCAACAGUAUCUACCACAAAAAGUGGCGACAUAUACGGAAGGCUAUCGGAUGGUCCAGUCGACAACAGCUGUGACAGAUCCGGGUCCGGGGGCGGGGUAUGCUCAGGUGGCGUACGACAACGGGACUGGAAGGCAGAUUUACUACACCACCCAGGGCACGGUUGCACAACCACAACAACCGCAACAACUGCAACAAUCACAACCGCAAUUGCAACCAACUGCACAACAGUAUCAAGCAAUGGCUGCCGCUGCAGCUGCGGCGACAUUAAAUCAAGAGAGUGGCGGUACUAAGGUUGUUCCUGCAAACAUGAAAGAUUUCAUAUGAACUUAUGAAUCUGUAUGUGCCAUCCUUCCAGAUUCUAUGAGAUUUUCCCCAUUACGUACGUUAUGUGGACCUCAUAUUCUGAAAAUAAGGUACACUUUUUUUCAAAUUGAAAUGGUUAGAUCCAGAACAAUUGUUGUAUGCUAUUCAUGGAAAAUCUGUUUUUGAUCUGGCUUUGAUCAUUUUAUUUUGAAAAUCUGUUUAGCCAUAAGUAAGUUUAAUAUUUUUGGGGAGAUAGGAAGGACCAAAUUCAUAGAAAUAGUCUUAUAUUAUUUCUUAUCACUCCUAAAAAUUUAUAUGAUUUGGAUGCUGUUUUCGAAGCUUUAUUUUUACUCCUGUUAUGUCGGUAGUCAAGUGGAAAUUUGUUCAUAUAGUUGUUUUACUACUUAGUUUAUAGAUAUAUGAAAUCUGUGUGCUCGUAUGUUUCAGUUU